UGACAGAUAAGGCCAUGAUGGUGGUGGAGAGGGGAAGAAGAAGAAGCCUUUCUUCUCUCUAGAAAACAAGUUUAUCAUGCUAGCUUGCUACGUGACUGUCACUUGUUCCACUCCUGGUUGAAGUACUUUUAGUCCUUGUUUGCAUGGAUAAAGAGUUAAGGUCUACAAGCACGCCUUAAGCCUCUGUUAUGCCUGAUGAAGUUGUACAGUCCGAGACAGUUGAGUUGUUAGAGACUGCUAGGACCUAUUAUCUUGCAAGAACUGCGCAAAGGUCAAAGUCACCCUGCCGAUCGGUCGUGCAAGGUGCCGGUAAACUGAAGCCUGUAUUAUCCUUAUGGUUGUCUUAUCCUUACAGUUAGUAUUCGACUUCAGACGCUUGGCUUUACGGAAGGACAAAGAACUUCAGGUAUGACUUCCGCCAUGUAAAGUAUGUAAAUACUUUGGUCAAGAAAGCCUUCACAUUAACAGGAAAAGAGAAUAGAAGGAAAAAAGUGACAGUACAGUUACAUUUCCAUCCAAGAUGAAGUUUGCAGAGCAUCUUGGUGCACAUAUCACACCAGAAUGGAGAAAGCAGUAUAUUCAGUAUGAGAUCAUGAAGGAGAUGCUUUAUGAAGCACAGGAGCAAGCACCAUCUCCUGAAGUGACUGACCCUAGCACAAUUCAACGCUACUUUGCCAGAUUUGAUGAAAAGUUCUUCCAGUUUUGUGACAAAGAACUUGUGAAGAUUAACACAUUUUUCCUUGAAAAACUGUCUGAAGCCAAUAGAAAAUAUGCCAGUUUGAAAGCGGAGUUACAGAGUUUUGUGACUCAUGACUCUCAGCAUGCUCGCCGUCACAGCAUGACAUCGCAUCCAGGAAUGCGCCGCAGACAGAGUGUCUAUGGCAUUUUUAAAGACAAGGAAAAGGAAAAAGAGUCAAAUGCUGUGGCCAGCACGCGCAAGCUGCAUGAUCUAAAAUUGGCUUUUAGUGAGUUCUAUCUCAGCCUCAUCCUACUGCAGAACUACCAGACUCUCAACUUUACUGGCUUCCGCAAAAUCCUCAAAAAACAUGACAAGUUGAUGCAGACCAACCAUGGUGCAGAAUGGAGACAAGCUCAAGUGGAGUCAGCUCCUUUCUACACCAACAAGGAAGUGGAUCACCUCAUCAAAGAUGUUGAGCAAAGUGUAACAACAGAACUAGAGGGAGGUAACAGAUCAAAAGCCAUGAAGAGGCUGAGAGUGCCACCUCUUGGUGAUCAGCAACAUCCAUGGACCAGUUUCAAAACUGGGGUUUGUCUAGGCAUGUUCAUAGUUCUGGUUGUGGUCAUCAUUUUGUCAGCUAACUUCAUCGAUCACUCAGACGAUUGGGAGCCAGCUCUGCGCAUGUAUAGAGGAAUGUUUAUCAUCAUUUUUUUUCUGUUUCUGUUGGGAAUGAACACCUAUGGGUGGAGGUCUUCAGGAGUGAAUCAUGUACUUAUAUUUGAGAUUGACCCUAGAAACCACCUGUCCCACACGCAGCUGAUGGAGGUGGCCUCAUUUCUGGGCGUGCUGUGGGCAGUGAGUGUGUUGGGCUACCUGUACAGCGGCUUCACAAACAUACCCCCAAUGGCCAUCCCCUUGGGCAUAGCUGUGCUGCUGAUUCUGCUCCUGAUCAACCCAGUCAAGAUCUUCUACUAUCGAGCUCGCAUGUGGCUUCUCCGUGUGCUGUUUCGAAUACUAACAGCACCUUUCCAUCAUGUGGGUUUUGCGGACUUCUGGCUUGCUGACCAGCUGAACAGUCUCGUCACAGUCAUGCUUGACCUUGAGUUCCUUGUGUGCUACUAUGCUUUUGAGGUGAAAUGGCUAGGUCCAGACCGAGAGCAAGUAUGCACCAAAAAUAUAUAUGGAGUUCGGGCCGUUGUGGCAUGCCUGCCUGCUUGGUUCCGUUUUGCCCAGUGCCUUCGCCGUUACCGAGAUACUAAACUCGUCUUUCCUCAUGUUGUUAAUGCAGGAAAAUAUUCCACCACCUUCUUUGUUCAGCUAUUUGCUGCUCUGUACAAGGUGCAUGUAGAGGUUUAUGGGAACGAGUUUCGACAAAACAGCGUAUUCUUCUAUUUGUAUAUCGUUGCAUACAUCAUAAGUUCAUGUUACACAUAUACCUGGGAUAUAAAGAUGGAUUGGGGACUGUUUGAUAAAAAUGCAGGCGAGAACAGAUUUCUCAGAGAAGAAACUGUCUAUGCAUUUAAGGCAUACUACUACUUUGCUAUAGUGGAAGAUGUCAUUCUGAGGUUCAUAUGGGUUCUGACUGUAACAUUAGCAGAUGGCCACUUCCUCCAUGCUGAAAUCUUGGCCACAAUAUUGGCAUUGCUUGAAGUUUUUAGACGGUUUGUUUGGAACUUCUUUCGACUGGAAAAUGAGCACCUGAACAACUGUGGUAUGUUUCGAGCAGUGCGUGAUAUCUCUAUCGGACCCAUUGAUUCCAAUAAUGAACAACAACUGAUUGACAUCAUGGACAAUGAGGAUGGUGCUGAUACGCGACGUGUGGACAAACAUCUCAAUCUGAAGUCCAAGAAGGAAUUGCGGCUCUGGGUGGAUGAGGAAGAGGAAAAGAUUCCAUUAGUAAAUGGAGACAAGCGCAUAAAGAGGGCUUGAUGAGAAACUAUUCCAACGUCAACACAUGAUCCAUGAUUGCUAUGUGCUUGCGCGUGUGUAUGUUUAUAUUUAAGGGGUGUUUAUGGCAUUGGGUAAAUAAAUGUGCAAGUUUUAGAAUGAAGAUGACCAUUAUUAGACAUGAUUACUCUCUCUAUAUAUAUAUUGAUAUAUAUACAGACCUCAAAAACUAUUGUUUUGGUGAAAUGUUGGUGAAAUGACUGUGCCUCAUAACUUGUCUCACAUCAAGUCUUUAAUAAUUUAUUGUCUUUAUAAUUUUCUUGAUAGAAUGGCCUCCACCUUAAUCAUGAUGACAGUGAUCUUAAUAUCACAGAUGUAAUCCAUGUAAAUAAUUCAAGACAAAUAGAGAAAAUAGUUUUAUUUUUUCAAAACUGAGUUUUAUAUUAUUCAUGUCACAGACUAGUCAAACACUUAUUUUAAGUUGAAAUUUGGAUAUGGUUUGUGCAUGUCCCCAGUGGUGCGUGCAUGGAUGCAUACAUUCUGUGUGUGCAAGGGGCCUCUUGUUGAUACAUUAUUUCUUUAGUUAUAGAGGCUUAUCUCAUUUGAGAGUUACAACUUUUGAUGAAAUAUUUUCCAUCAUCCAUGUUGUGUAUUGUGAAAUGGGUACAGAUGUACCAACACCAAAUGUUGCACAAAGCAGUUAUUGGUAACUUAUUGUACAUGAUAAUUUUUAUUUAAUGCAUAUGUUAUUAUUCUUGAGACAUUUGAUGAGACUGCGCUAGUGUUAAGGGACCGUGUUCAAAUCAUCAUUCCCUCGACCAGUCGUGCAAACUUAGCAUAAUUAGCAGUUACAUAUUGUGAUAUAGCAAAUUGUUGUCAGAGAUGACAUCCAAGGAUGUGUGAAUCAAACAUUUUUGUGUAAACAAAGUGUAUUUUGAGUGAAUGGUGUUUCUAUCAUCUGCAAGAACUUUUUUGUGCCAGGUGCAUAUUCAUCAAUUUCGUUCCUCUUCAAACAUCCAUUGCCCCCCAUCUCCCUCCCCCAUCCUUUUGUGAUCAAAUAAUGAUCAAACCAUCAUUGUAACAUUUUGUCUUUAGAUGUCAUGCAAGUGCAUUCUGCCAUGUUAGCACUUGUUGGUCAUCACACCCCUAUACUUAAGGGUUGAUAGAUUCCUAAAACCUUCAUUCUUUUACUUUUUGUUACCUCAUUAAUGCUUUGAAAUAAUUCUGAUCUGUGCUAUUAUUUAUUUGGAGAUGUAUAUUUUUUUCAAUUGUUUACACAGAUGUUUUGCUGUUCUUUGUCCUUGACAUUUCCUAGGUAGACCACAUAUUACAAAAUGUUCAAUUUCUUGAACUUUUGUUGUGGAUUUCAACAGUAAUGGGUACAAGGAUGUUUUUAUGCAGGGUGAUUGGUCUCAAAAUGUGAUCAUAUUGUUGCAUAAAAAUAUUAUUAAAAAAUCCCUGCCAAUAAAUUGUCCUACUGAAUGGUUCUGAAACUUGGAGAGUGACAAACACCAUCAACAACAAGCUCAAGACCUUUAACAACCUAUGCCUAUGCCUUUUCCUGGGAAUUAGAUGGCCUGAACAGAUCUACAAGAUUAGCCUGUUGGAAAAAACCAACCAAAAUCCCACUAAGACACCAAGAAGCGCAAGUAGGGGUGGAAACCAUUGCCCGACAGGCACUUGAAUGGAACCCUCAGGAGAAGAGGCAAAAGCAGACUUGGAAAAGAACAGUAGAGUGUGAGGCAAAGGAUGCUGGAACCAAAUGGGCCCAACUGAGGAGGACUGCCCAAAACCAGGUCUGCUUGCAAGGUAUUAUUGUAGCCCUAUGCUCCCCCAAGGAGUAGCAAGGACUAAGCUAAAUUGUCCUAACCCUAUGGCAAAGAAAAAUAAUCAUUCUACAGUAUUGUUGUGCAUAUUUUUCAUUGUGUGAUGCUUAUAUUCAUGAGUUGAAAAGCUACUUAACUGGAAAACAGUUUUAAAAUAUUUUUGUUCUUAAUUUAAAAAAAAUUUUGGUACACUAGGUGCAUGAGCACACCCAAAAGUGUUAAAACUUGACUACCACAGGAAACAUGAUAUAAUAUAACAAUUCCUAAGAGGUUUCUCAUAGCCUGCUGUUCAUUAGUUUUAGGGAUUCUUCCUAGUCAAGAUGGUACUGGUAGGCAUCACUUGUAGGAGGGGGUUGCAUUGCUGUUCUCACAAGGGUUGUUUCCUCGUGGGAACUUAAUUGUCAGAUGGGCAUUGAUAAAGGUUUCUUUUAAAACAUUUACCUAUUGGCGAAAAGUGUAAAUUGUUUUUUAUAUGAUACAUUUCCAAUAGCCCAGGGCGUUUUAGAAUAGCUGUGUGUGGAAAGCUAUUUUUGGGUUACCCAGAAUGUGUGAAAGAACAUAUUUUGCAUUUCAUGACUGUUACUGAUAUUACUAUGGAAAUUGUGUUAGUGAUAUUAUAAGAAGAUCUGAAACAUGAUUUCAUGUGCUCAGACAUGGGAGAUGCUUGUUAUUGUGUAACUCUUGAUAACACUAGGAAAUACAAAUUUUCAUGUUCAGCUUUACAGAGAAAUGCCCACAGAAUAGUGUCCUCAUUUUUGUACUUUUCUGCCCAAAGUCCAGAGU